GCCUACCUUCGUCGAUAUCUCAACCAAUCGGUGAUGCACGUCUACUGGUAUAGUAACUUCUGCCUAUUAGGGGUGCCUAACGCAUAAAGAUCUUGAAAAAGUAUACAUGUAUAGAUCUAAACCUUUAAUAUAUCACACUGAUUCCUCAGGCUAUCAUCCUGUGCGACCCUGGGCGAUGUCUUCAUGUUGAAGAAAACGGGCCUAGGCCAGCACACGCUUUGGAUCAUAGGAGACCUCGUGCAACAUAUAAAGAGCCCCAUCAGAUCGUUCAUACUGCUGUGCUUGUUCCACACGAUUUUCUCACCAAGGGUACACCCUACCAAACAUUUUCGAGUAAAGUCUUAGAGAGCUGCAGCUGUCCGCUACGAUGUCUUCAGAUGCCUUCUCUCAUCAAGUUCCCAUCAAUGGAACUAUUCAGACCAAAGUCUCACCAGGAAAUCAAACAAACAUAUACUAUAUUCUAGUCUCAAACUUACCGUGGCAAACAUCAUGGCAACAGCUGAAAGACCAUGUGCGAACCGUGAGCGCCGUUGAACGAGUUGAAGUAUUCAACGAGAGCACAUCUGGCUGGGUUUCGGUUCGAGGUCGGGAGAAUUACGAUGCAGCCCUUCAUCUACUCAAUGGAGGCGUCUUCAACGGUCGAGCACUUCUAGCAGACGGGAAAAAUGCUACAGAAUCUAUUAUGAUCAGGGAACCUGUGGACGUUUAUACAACUAGCAACUCCACAUCAAGAACUCCUCAUACACCAAGAUAUAGGACCCCUCCUUCGACGCAGUACUCAGCCGGCACGCCGCCAAUGGCAUCGCCGCAUGGAACAGGAUAUGUGGAGUGGACAUCUCCCGCAAGUCCUCCAUCGUACGUGACUACAUCUGCAAUGGAGCGCGCGCCUUAUACCAUGUCUGUUGCUGUUCCGUAUGACUAUAGCGAGGCGCCUGGUUACUAUACUUACGACACAUCAGCUACCAGCUACAUGGACCAAACGACGAUGGUUUCGUCUGCUACAAUGGUACAAUAUCCUUACGAGGAAGCCUAUUCACAGCAGUAUCAAAUGAACGAGUAUCACGGAAACGACUAUGCCAUGUAUCCCAGUUUACCCAGCCCAGAAUCUCUAUCAGAAGAACCGAGUAAUUCCACCAAACGCAUGGUUCCCACAAAACAGCGCAAAAUCAUUGUGAAACAGCUUCAACCUUGGGUUACGUUCAACCAAGUACAAGACCUUAUCCGAAGGAAAGCAGGAUCCGAUGCUGAUAAAAUUCAAUACGUUGAUCUGCCACUGGUGGAUGGCCAAGAAUCAAAUAGGGGCUAUGCUCUGGUCACAUUUCAGAACGAAGAAGUGGCUAGUAAGCUAGUUCGGCGGCUCAAUGGGUACAAGUACGACGGCCGUGAAUUAAAAGCAGACUAUACCAAAGAGGGCGUGUCAGAAAAUGAGACAGUCCGCUCGCGGAGCUCUGGGCAAAAGGAAAGACGGGAGGAUCGUGAGAAAAGGGAAAAGAAGGAAAUGGCUCGGGGAGCAAGCUCCAACGACAAAAAGACCAAAUCUCAUAAAUCCGGCGUCAUUAUUGCACAUGGGUCUUCCUCAUCCUCUUCUAAGAAGUCAGACAUGAAGGAAAAGCCAAACAAGCGGCAUUAGAUCAACAACAGAGUCUCGCCGAGCUGAUUCACGAUAAUCUGGUAUGGAAGGGGUCACAAUGAGAUCGGACGGCGUAUUUUCUUUCCUUCCCUUCAUGUGCCGGGCAGGUUAUAAUUUUCG